AUGGGCGACGCCGGUCCCCCGACGCCGGAUCCGCUCCUGCAAGAGCGCAAGGGCGCCGCUGUCGACGAUGGCCAGGUCGGGCCGGAUGGAGCGACGCCGCUCAGGGAGGUCAAGGUGCUUGUCACGGGGUUUGGGCCAUUUAAAUCCUUCCUCAUAAAUCCCUCCUGGUUAAUCGCCUCGGCGCUGCCCGAGGAGCUUUAUCCCUCUCCAUCUACGACCUCCCCUCAGAAAUCGCCAGGGUACAAAAUCAAACUGAUCGUCUACCCCUCCGCGAUCCGAGUCUCCUACUCGACCGUCUCCACCACCGUACCCAGUCUCAUCACGACCCACGACCCGGAUUUCAUCCUGCACAUCGGCAUGGCUGGCGGGCGCGACUGCUACUCCCUCGAAACCCGUGGGCACAGGGACCACUACCGGAUCAAGGACGUGGACGACUGCGACGGCUUCACGUGGGGCGAGAACCGGUGGAAAACCGAGGGGAUCCCGGAAGUGCUGUUCGUCGGGUGGGACGAGGUCGACGUGUUGGCUCGGUGGGAGGACGGUGUACAGAUGGGACUGCGUGAGCGAGGAUUCUUGGGAACGGGGGAGGUGGAGAAGAUAUUGUCGGACACUGCUGCAAAGGAGGCCGAAACGCCAGCCCCACGAGCCGCUGUGCCGCUCAUUCCUGUCGGACGAGCAAACAUACCCAUGAACCUGAUGUGGGGAACGAGUAAUAUGCCCGUGUCGUCGACCAAGGCGGAUGAACAUAGGAGAAAAGCCGUGGUCAAGUUGUCUUGCGACGCCGGCCGGUUUCUGUGCGAGUAUGCCUUGUUUGAGAGCUUGAGUCGGAGAUGGUUGGACGCGCAGAGACACUGGGACGGUGACAAUGAUGCCGACAAAGGAGAUCAGCAAGCGACUGCGGAUCACAAACAAACUGAAUCGUCGGCUUUCUCGUCGACCUCGCCCGAGGUCAACGCCUCUUCCAGCUCUCCUCGGUCCGACUCAGACGUGGCGCUGGAGCGCGUCGGCAAGGUGGCUUUCCUGCACGUGCCGGGCUGGACGGGCUUGGAGGAUAUCAACCGCGGCGUGAUGGUCGCUGAAGAGGCGAUCCGCGCGUUGGUUGGUAGUUGGGAGGACGGGUACCGGCGGAACGGGAACGGGACUGGUGUGAGGGUUGAAACUCAGGCUUAUACCAAGCAGCAUUCCGAGGAGGCGGGCAGGGUGGUGGCGUCAACGUGGAGAGCCUGA